AUGAGCAACCGAUUCUUCUCCGAGUUCUCUCUUCCUCUCUUUUUCUUUACCUUCUCUCUUAUCUUUUUGCAUGUUUCAAAUGCAAAAUCCCACAAGGGACGUGCCCUCAUCGAAGAAACCUGCAAACAAUACUCAGAGAGCCCAGGGGUACCAGAUGGAUCCCAGAAGUUCUGUCUCACUACUCUAGAAUCCGUAAAAAAGAGCUACAAGGCGAGUUUCAAAGGACUGGGCUUAAUCUCCCUGGAGCUAACCAAGACAAACAUGACGCAUGUGAAGGCAUACGUGAAGAAGCUUUUGAAGGACAAGAAGAAGUUCAACAAAUAUGCGAAGAUGGCGUUGAAAGACUGCAGAGACCAAUACUCAGAUGCAAUUUACAACAUAAAAUAUGCCAAGAUGUUGUUCAAGAAGAAGGAUUACGGUGGAGCUAAUGCUUAUAUGUCAGCAGUUCUUGACACCCCAUCAGAUUGUGAAGAAGGAUUCAGUGAGAACAGUAGGGCAGGAGGGUCUCCUUUGACAAAACAGAAUGAUAUUCUCAACAAGUUGGCUGGUUUAGCUAUUUGGUUUACUGCUGUGAUUCGAUAG